AUGUCUAGAGGUAAACUCUUGGUUUACCUCCUGAGGCGGGACUUGAGAGUCGCUGACAAUCCUAUCUUGCACCACCUGGCCACCGCUUCCGACCAUGGCUUCACUCAUUUGUUGCCUGUAUAUGUGUUUCCUGCCCAACAGGUAGAACUUUCUGGGUUUCUUAAGGACGGCGAGCAGUCACCAUAUCCCCCAGCUCGAAGUCAGGUGGGCAAGUUCUGGCGUUGUGGACCUCAUCGAGCCAAAUUUACCGCAGAAGCGGUUUGGAAUUUGAAGAGAAGCCUUGAAGAAUUGGGCAGUGGCCUUGUAAUUCGAUGCGGGAGCGUAAAGGACGUCUUCGAUCACCUCGUCAAUGAGCUCAAAGAUGCAGUGCCAUGCGUCAGCAGUGUCUGGAUGACAGAAGAACCCUCUUGGGAAGAAGUGCAGGAGCAAGAAUCAAUAUCCUCUCUGUGCUCCAAGCGAGGAAUUGAAUUCAAGCUAUGGAAAGAUGAAAAGUAUUUUGUCGACGACCGUGACACUGGCCUGGAAAACCCAGCGGAUUUACCCGAUGUUUUCACAACCUAUCGAAAGUCUCAAGAACCUCUUCGAGAGAAGCCUCGCAAGGUUUUACCAAGGCCAGCUAAAUCAGCGCUUCCAGCGUUCCCCCAAGAAGGGUCAAUCCCUGCCCAAGCACAUCCCUUCCUUUCGCCAGUAUCUUUGGAAGAUCUGCAGAAAAGAUUAGUGAAGCCAGUCGAGAACAUAAUGGAUAAUCCUCCCAAACGCCCCGAGGAUGCCACAGAUGGUCAUCCUUUCACUGGUGGUGAGACAAGCGGUUGGGCAAGGCUGAGGCACCUGGGAAAGUCCAGUGCCAUGACAUCGUACAAGGAUACCCGCAAUGGCCUCGUUGGUGUGGAUUAUAGCCUCAAGUUAUCCGGCUAUUUGUCACUGGGCUGUCUCACCGCCAGGCAGAUUCAUGAGGAGCUCUUGAAGCUGGAAGACGGAACCGACGAACAAUACAAGGACGCUGUUGGAUAUGGCGAGGGCGAGAAUGACGGAACAAAAGGCAUUCGAUUCGAACUCCUGUGGCGGGACUACAUGCGGCUCUGCACGGCCAAAUUUGGGCGGAAACUCUUCAGGCUCUCUGGAUUUCGACAGGACAGUAGCUACGACAAGAAAUGGAAAACUGCAGACGAGGAGAAAGCGGGCCCCGAGCAAGAACCAGAUCCUGCUCAAAUCUCGAAGAUCCUCGAACGAUUUCAAAAUGGAACCACAGGGAUGGGACUCAUAGAUGCAUCGCAACGUGAGCUCUUUCACACAGGAUAUACGUCGAACCGAGCACGGCAAAAUGCAGCCAGUUUCUUCUCGAAGCACCUGGAGAUUGACUGGAGGUAUGGAGCAGAGUGGUACGAAAUGAUGCUUGUGGACUAUGACGUAUCUUCCAACUGGGCCAAUUGGCAGUAUGUGGCUGGCAUAGGAAACGAUCCUCGAGGCGACGCUCGCACAUUUAACCCUGUCAAACAGGCUUUCGAUUAUGAUAAAGAGGGCAUCUACGUUCGAAUGUGGGUUCCUGAGUUGCAAGGGCUCGAGAAGCUUGAGAACAUCUUUCAGGUGUGUACGACCGAAGCGGCUGAAUUAGAGAGCUGCGGUCUAUCCGAAAACAUCAUGGUCACGGAUCCUGUUAAAAAAAUUGAUUUCUACGUGGACCGCAAACCCAGGGCAACUCGACGACCUUAUAAUAACAAACGACGAGGGCACCCCCGAGGUGGCCGCCGGGGUGGCAAUUAUAAUAAUCAGCAUCACAACGGAUCUGGAACAUCAAGCGACGCAGCCGCCAGUGAGUCGGUUGGUGCUUCAGGCGCGGAUGUAGAGGCUAGGAAUAAAACCCGACCGGAUAGCACGCCACGCCAACUCCAGGAUUCAUCAUGGAGAGGAAACCACAAAGGAGGUCAGCCCGUGAAUAUGCAGGCACACCACGGCAGAGGUUGGCAAUGUGGCGACCACACCCGGGGUCGUGGAAAUUUUGGUCAAUUCCGGGGUACUUGGCGCCCGUAUGGACAAAGAGGAGGGUUUAGAGGAAGAUAUCCAUAUGGGCACCAGAUGACUUAUCAGUAG